AUGGCACAGACUGUUUAUGAUUGGGAUGCUUCAAGUUUGGAAGCAGCAAAUCGAGAUAUAAUCCAAGUCAUGGGUCAACAUCUUGACAACUUCGCUGACGGCAUAAUUACAAAUGCAGCACAACGAGCCAUUAUAGAAGAAUUAGAAUCAUGCGAAGCGUUCGUUAAUUUUCACAAACAUAUCAACGAAGGAGUCGUACAAGUUGACGCCGAAUUUGAAGGAAUAAUUAACAAGCGAACAUCAGUAUUUCCUCUUGGACAUGAAUGGAAAGUUCGCUUUACUAUCGAUGCUGACAUACCUCCUGAAGGCAGUCAACAAAAGAAGCAUAUUGGUUUUGAAAUACAUAUUAAAACAAAACCCAAACAAGCAGGUCAUGCUUGGUGUGAUGCUGUCCCGAAAGGAAGACCAUGCUUAGGUACCAGCAUGGAUCAAGAAACAACUCAGCGAAGAACCAAGACGUUUCCAAAUUCCGAUGAAAUGACGUAUUGGUAUACUACAUAUAAACUACGAAAAAAUCAAUGA